AUGUUGACUGGGCUCAUGCACUCUGUGAAUCUUGUCUUCCUGAUCAUUGAUACAGCUCUCAACAGCCUUCCGUUUCCAUGGUUUCGAGUAGCGUAUUUUGUGCAGUGGAGUUGCAUCUACAUUGUUUUCCAGUGGGUUCUUCACGCCUGUGGUCUUUCAUGGUGGCCGUACCCGUUCUUCGAGCUGAGUACGCCAUGGGCGCCAUUAUGGUACUUCUGCUUGGCUCUGGUGCACGUCCCUUGCUAUGGGGUUUAUUUUCUCCUUGGGAAAGCCAAAUACUCGAUCCUCCCCAAAUGGUUCCCCGCUGCUUUUGUUCUCACUUCUUCAUUCUGA